AUCAAAAUCAAUUAUUACAAACUAUUUCUUAAUAUUCUCCUAAACAAAAAUUCUCAAGAAAAAAUGUCUUCUGGAUGUUCAUGUGGUUCCGGCUGCAAGUGUGGAGACAACUGCAGUUGUUCGAUGUAUCCCGAUAUGGAGACGAACACCACCGUCACCAUGAUCGAAGGGGUUGCGCCUCUGAAGAUGUACUCUGAGGGAUCGGAGAAGAGCUUCGGUGCUGAAGGAGGCAACGGAUGCAAGUGCGGAUCGAACUGCAAGUGCGAUCCGUGCAACUGCUGAAGAACUAACCAUGGUUAAGGCCCUCGGAAAACACGGUGCAUGUGUGUGAUGAAAAUAUUGUAGUAAAAUGUAAUAAAACAGCCAUUUUUAGCAGAUUCAGAUGUUUGUUGAAUUUGUUUAUUUGGCUAUCUGUUUAAGUGAUUGUAAACUGUGUUUAUUGUGUCAAUGAUUAUGGUUCCGGGGUUAUUUUAGU